AUGGACGGCACAAACCACUCGUACAACGCGAUGCCAUCGAUGGUGAACCCGCACAACGAGAUGGCAGAUCCGGCCGAAGAGCAGCACCUGAUGUUUCUGCAGAGCCAACUCGUCCAGCCGUCGCCCCUUCAACCCCCACAUCACGACCACAUGUCCACCACAUCCAGCGCCUCCACACCCGCCGCCCCCCACACACCCCACACACCCCUCACGCCCUCCAAACGCAUGGCCGGACCCAACACUCCAUCAGUGAUUCAGAGCACUGCCAACACUCCCUCAUAUAUGCCAUCGUCGGUGUUAGGCGUGGGUCCGUCCGGUCCGAUGACACCGAUGACGCCCAUGACUCCCGUCACACCGCUGUCCACCGAUCCCGGGAUUGUGCCGCAGCUCCAGAACAUAGUGUCGACCGUAAACCUGGGCUGUCGUCUGGACCUCAAAAAGAUAGCACUUCACGCCAGAAAUGCUGAAUACAAUCCAAAGCGUUUCGCAGCCGUUAUUAUGCGAAUACGAGAGCCCAGGACUACGGCUUUGAUCUUCAGUUCAGGCAAAAUGGUCUGUACGGGUGCUAAGAGUGAGGAACAGUCACGACUGGCCGCCAGGAAAUACGCCCGAAUUGUCCAAAAACUUGGUUUCGAUGCAAAGUUUUCUGAUUUCAAGAUCCAGAAUAUGGUCGGCAGUUGUGAUGUGAAGUUCCCGAUCCGUCUCGAAGGACUCGUCCUCACACACAGCCAGUUCUCCAGCUAUGAGCCCGAGUUAUUCCCGGGUCUCAUAUACCGUAUGGUUAAACCCCGUAUUGUGCUCUUGAUCUUCGUGUCCGGAAAAGUCGUAUUAACCGGAGCAAAAGUACGGACAGAGAUCUAUGAAGCGUUUGACAACAUUUACCCCAUUCUCAAAGGAUUUCGUAAACAAUGACUUUAUCAUCAAAUAUAUACUUUUUUUUGGUUUUUUAGAUAUAUUAAUUAAUUUUCGAUUAAAAACAAAUUCAUUUCAUUUUUCACAAACA